CUAAGACUACCUCUAUUACUACUACUAUUAUUUCUACUGUGACUGCUACUACUACAACUAUUAAGGACAGCUUCUACCAGUGCUAUAACUACUAAUCCUUCAUAUAAAAAAUACUAUAUGGCCUAUGGAUAACGCAACAGCUGGAUUCAUCAUAGUUUUCACAAUUGUGCAAUAUUUUUUAUAGCUGUUGGGAAACAGAUGUUGGAAAUUACUUUAGGUACUUCUCGAUAUUUCCCCGGCUAGUUUUGUAUUUAAAACCAAAACUCAACAAUUGGCUCGUUAGUUUUGAUUUGGCAUUUAAAUUGAAAUGAAGCUCUACCCGUUGCUGAUAUGUGUCGCACUAUUUGUGGCCAACAUUGAGGGCUAUGUCAAAAAGACGCCCAAAUGUGUCGGGCAACCAAUUAAAGACGUUUGCAACCUGCGCAGAGAUCUGGGUCACAAUAAGUACUUGUGGUGCAAAGAGCAUGCCAUGUCUGAAAUGUGGUACUACAAUAUGAUCCACAACACCUGCAAUAAGAUGAUCUAUAUGGGCUGCGGAGGCAACUUUAAUCGCUUUUGCUCUGAGGCCGACUGUGCUAAAAAGUGCAUAACAACAAAGAAACAUGGGUAAAUCUUUCGGAAAUUACAAAUUUAAAAGUUAACUAUUGGCAAACCCUAAGGUAAACUCUUCAUCUAUCCUACUAAGGCCUAUUUUUGUUUAAGAUGAUUGUCAAAUUGGUAUACAAGAAAUAAUUGAAAUAUAAAUACUAUAUAGAGAUUCGAUAUACUAUACUAUAAAUUUAUGAAUAUAUUAGAAUCGAUAAAUGGUAAUAAAUGUUUCUUUAAUUUA